AUGAAGUAUUUUCAUUAUAAGGGCUCUCAGAGGCGGCGGUGUGAUCUAAUUGAUAAACUGAAGGAUGAUAUGGGUUAUGUUCAUGAGGCUUCAAAUUAUAUGCGCCCUUUCACUGAUGUGGAGAUAAAUGAGGCAUUAUUUCAAAUGCAACCAUUGAAAGCUCAUGGCUCAGACGAUUUAUCGUCUUUAUUUUUUCAGAGAUAUUGGCAUUCAGUGGGUGACUUGGUUGUUACCAAUGUGUUACAGCAGGCUGAGGCACAAAAUCUGGUGAAAGGGAUUAAAGUGUCCAAUAAUGCUCCUCGGAAUAUUUUGUCAAUUUAUGGGGCUGUAUCGGGUCAACAAUUAAAUCGGAAGAAGACUAAACCAUUGUUUAACCGAAAUAUGGAUGAAGUGGUUUUUGCAAAGAACUUGAAGGCGUUAUUGUUAGAUUUUGGUGGGGACAAAGAGGCCAAGAAAGGAAAAUACACUGGAACACUAGCAGAUUCAAUCGAGAAAUCUGAUGGCUGUCGGUUGCCCGAAACUGAUAUAAAGUGCUAUACCUGGUCAAUCCUCGAAGGGCUCAGUCACAUUCACGACUAUGGUUUCGUUCACUGCGAUUUAAAGCCUGAGAAUGUUUUACUCGUGCCCGCCAUUAGCCCCGGCAGUAAUUUUGUAACAAAGAUUGGAGAUUUUGGGUUGGCGAAGAGAUCGGCACAGAAAAAUAAGAGGAUGAUGGACUUGAACGUUUACUUGAGAGGCACGCCUCUCUAUAUGGCACCUGAAGCGGUGAAUGAGAAUGUACAGGAGCCUCCCUAUGAUAUUUGGGCUCUUGGGUGUCUUGUGUGUGAGAUGCUUAUUGGAAAAUCUCCUUGGGAUAGGGAGGAAGAGUUGAAUGCAUACGAGCUUUUACAGCUGAUUGGCGAUGAGCGUGAAGUUCCCAAAAUGCCAAGUGGAGUUUCAGAUGAAGCAAAGAGUUUCUUGAAGUCGUCUCUCGUGAGGAAACCUACAUACAGAUUCACGGCUGAGAUGCUAGUGGAUCAUCCAUUCUUGACCCGUGUAGGAGAUCAACUUGAAGAUGAGUACUUGAAGAACGAAGAGCAUGAAGUGGCAUGCAUCUCCAAGCGUUUCCUAGAACGAGAUUGA